AUGGCGGCCCUCCCUCAACCUUCAGGCAUAGCUGCCUUGAAUUCUCAAUCUGCGAAACGAGCUAUCGACGAAUCCAAGAGCCAUACCGCCACUCCCCGGUCCUCCACUCCCCCCCGCUCAGAUCGCACCCGCUUGGAAACCAGAUAUAGUCUCGACAACGGACCAAGCCGAACGAUGCGUAAUCAUGGAAGAAAGAGCGAAGGUGCUCGUGGAACUCAUCUCGAUAUCGAUGCUGUCGACAGUGCGUUACUACGUGAAUUUCAACGCCCGCAGCGGGAGAGUACUCCAGGUGCUAGUCCACAUCGCAAGCGGCAGCGCAUAAACGGCGACCGUUUCAUUCCCACCCGCACUGGUCAAGACCUGCAGGCGAGCUUCAGUUUAUUACACGAGGAUGGAUCUCCCGCUACGCCUUCAAAACAAAAGAAGCGUACACCUCAUGGCGAGCUUCACUUCCAAAAGACGGAAGAGGCUAACCGCACUUUCUCCCACUUACUACGUGCUGAGCUCUUUGAGAGCUCUGUGCCACAAGCAGCCACCCCAACCCUCUCACCAAACCAGUCUCUUCCAACAUCUCGGAUUUCCGCUAAUGAUGGAACCCGAGCUCACACUCCCCCUACAAAUGCUUCUGCCCCAUCACUACCAUCCUCUUCCUUGACACCGUCGACCCCUCACAAGAACCUCUUCUCAUAUAUGUCGCCGCGACAUCACAAUCAAGUCGCUGGUCACCCCACUCCCUCUAAAACACCCCAAGGCCGACAUGGCCCUAAUCUUGAUACCCGAGCCGAGAUCUACAGUCUAUCACCAGUGCGAUUUGGAAGUCAGCAAAUGCUUCUCAGCCCUAGACGUCAACCGAGAGCAGUCAGCAAGGUUCCUUACAAGGUUCUCGAUGCUCCUGAACUCGCUGACGAUUUCUAUCUGAACCUGGUCGACUGGGGAAGUGCCAAUAUCCUUGGAGUCGGCUUGGGAUCCAGUGUUUACAUGUGGAACGCGCAGACCAGCAAGGUUAACAAACUUUGCACACUUGAAGAUGAUACUGUCACGAGCGUCUCCUGGAUACAAAAAGGCACACACCUUGCUAUUGGCACCGGUAAAGGGCUGGUCCAGAUCUGGGAUGCCGAGAAGUCGCGCCGGCUACGGACAAUGACUGGACAUACGGCGCGAGUUGGUUCUCUAGCCUGGAAUACUCAUAUUCUUACAUCCGGAUCACGCGACCGGUUGAUCUACCACCGCGACGUACGAGCACCCGAUCAAUGGCUGAGGAAAUUGGUAGGUCACAAACAGGAAGUUUGUGGUUUGAAAUGGAAUUGUGAAGAUGGACAACUAGCAAGUGGUGGCAAUGAUAACAAGCUUAUGGUCUGGGAUAAGCUCUCGGAUACACCACUUUGGAAGUUUUCAGAUCACACUGCAGCUGUAAAAGCGAUAUCGUGGUCACCUCACCAGCGCGGUCUCCUGGCUUCUGGUGGUGGUACUGCAGAUCGUCGCAUUAUCUUCCACGACACCGUCAAAGGCUCGGUCAUCAACGAGAUUGAUACCGGCAGCCAGGUCUGCAAUAUUGCCUGGUCCAAAAAUUCCAACGAGAUCGUAUCGACACACGGCUAUAGUCAGAACCAAAUCGUUGUUUGGAAGUACCCUUCAAUGACGCAGGUUGCUAGUCUCACAGGCCACACGUAUCGUGUACUUUACCUGGCCAUGAGCCCUGACGGUCGAACAAUUGUGACGGGAGCCGGUGAUGAGACCUUAAGAUUCUGGUCUACCUUUGGCCGACGACCAGGAAGUCGAGAAGAUGGCGACAAUGGAGGUCGACUGGCUGACCUUGCUGUCAUCCGAUAA